AUCAGUAACUUGUUGAGUUUUCAAUUGCCACUACUGGUUCGAUCUGACAGGUGAUAACAGUUAUUCGAAACAUGGUUGCCAGUGCUCCGAACCGCUCGUUUCUCUAUAUAGCAGCGUGCACAGCCAACGUGGCGUCUUUCAUAGCCGGCACCAGUUUGGGAUGGUCCUCGCCGGAAAUACCGAAACUAAGAAAUCCAAACACGACGACUCUAUUCCAUCCAACGACAACAUCUCAAGAAGGUUGGAUCGUAUCCUUACUAGCACUAGCCGCAGCCGUAGGCCCUUUCGGAGGCGGCAUCCUCUCCGACGCCAUAGGAAGAAAAAAAACUCUCCUAUCCGCCAUCUUACCGUUCGCGAUCGCUUCCACCAUAAACGUUUUCGCUAAAUCGACCAUUUUCUUUUACGCCACCAGAUUUUUGUGCGGACUCGGCGUCGGCGUCGUAUUCACCGUCAUACCCAUGUACGUGGGGGAGAUAGCCGACGACGACGUCCGCGGAUCCCUCGGAUCCCUCAUGCAACUAUUCGUCGUAACCGGAAUGUUAUUCUCUUAUUCCCUCGGACCGUUCGUAUCUAUAAUAACGUUCAAUUCGAUACUAAUUUUCCCCCCGAUACUAUUUUUCGUAAUUUUUCUAUUAUUCGUGCCGGAAAGUCCGUAUUACCUCAUACAAAGCGACAAUCCGAAAGAAGCCUUGGAAGCCUUGAUCGUACUGAGGGGCAGAGAUACGUCGUUGAUGCAAAAAGAGCUGGAAGUCAUGAAAGUCCAAGUCGAAAUAGAAAAGAAGAAUAGGGGAAACGUCGUCGACGUAUUCAAAUCGAGAGGUCUCCGAACCGCGUUUUUUUUAUCCAUAGGAUUAGUUUCGUUUCAACAAUUAUCCGGGGUUAACGUUAUAAUAUUUUACGCCCAAACUAUUUUCGCCGACGCUGGCGUCGAUUUGGCUCCGGAGGUUUGUACGAUAAUAAUUGGAUUUGUCCAAGUGGUGGCUGGCGGUUUGACGCCGAUAUUAGUCGAUAGAUGCGGUAAGAGAUUUCUUCUUCUUCUUUCCGCUUUAGGAAUGGCCUUAUCCGAAGGGGUUUUAGCUGUAUUUUUUUAUUUUAAAGAUAACGGACGGGUGGACGUAUCGAAUUUGGGUUGGAUACCACUUUCGAGCGUCGUUAUUUAUAUAAUAAUGUUCGGUUUGGGUUUAGGUCCGCUUCCUUGGGCGGUUUUGGGGGAAAUAUUUCCGGGAAACGUCAAGUCUUCCGCUUCGUCGGCUACGGCUUCGGUCAGUUGGAUAUUGGGAUUCUUUAUGACGAAUUAUUUCGAUUCGUUGACGGAUCUGAUCGGAAAAUGCGGAACUUUCGGAAUUUUCGCGGGGUUUUGCGCGUUUUCCGCGUUGUUUAUAUUUAAAUGUUUACCUGAGACUUCGGGUAAAAACGUUCAUGAGAUACAGUAUAUUUUGAGUGGGGGAAGUAGGAAAGCGUCGUACACUUUUUAAUUGUUUUGAAUUUCACAUUAUAUUGUAGGUUAUGUUGUUUGGAAGGUAGCUGCGAAACGGUUUUUCGAAAUUUGCUGCAAAAUGAAACGUUCUACAAAAAAGUUCUUGCAAAAAUGUACGGAUUUUGAAUUUUGGAAUUUUGUCGGAAGUAUUUUUUCGCGUAACCUCGUAUAACUAAUUUUUUUUUUUUGAUUUUUUUCUUAUUUUAUUGUUGAGCUGAUGGUUAGACUUUAUGGGAUUCGCAUUUUCUUUAGAAAAUCGUAGAAUUUUCAAAAAAUUAUCCAGACAAUCAUAAAUUUUGUAAAAAGUGCUGAAAUUAUAAAAAAACAUUACGAAACUUCGAAAAAGAGAGAUAUUUUUCAAAAUUCGUCAAGGAAGUGAUUUAAGUUUCGAGAAAAUACUAAAAUUGUUCGAAAAUAUUCAAAAUUUCCGAAAAAAAUAAGGAAUUUCCCAAAAAUCAAACAAGAUUCCUCAAAUUUUCCAAAAUUCAUGAAAAAAUGCUCAAAAAUUGAAAAAAACAUCUAGAAAUUGUCAAAUUUGGAAAAAAACUGAAAUAUUCAAAAUAAUCAUCAAAGAAAUCUCAAAAUUUUCCAAAAAUUCGUUUUGGAAAUCACUUGAAUCUCGAGAAAAUGUACGUUUUAUCCAAAAAUAUCCAAAAAGUGACGAAAUACUCGAAAAAAAUAAGGAAUUUCCCAAAAAUCAAACAAAAUUCCUCAAAUUUUCCAUAAUUCAUGAAAAAAUGCUCAAAAAUUGAAAAAAACAUCUAGAAAUUGUCAAAUUUGGAAAAAAACUGAAAUAUUCAAAAUAAUCAUCAAAGAAAUCUCAAAAUUUUCCAAAAAUUCGUUUUGGAAAUCACUUGAAUCUCGAGAAAAAUGUACGUUUUGUCCAAAAAUAUCCAAAAAGUGACGAAAUACUCGAAAAAAAUAAGGAAUUUCCCAAAAAUCAAACAAAAAGUCCUCAAAUUUUCCAAAAUUCAUGAAAAAAUGCUCAAAAAUUGAAAAAAACAUCUAGAAAUUAUCAAAUUUGGAAAAAAACUGAAAUAUUCAAAAUAAUCAUCAAAGAAAUCUCAAAAUUUUCCAAAAAUUCGUUUUGGAAAUCACUUGAAUCUCGAGAAAAUGUACGUUUUAUCCAAAAAUAUCCAAAAAGUGACGAAAUACUCGAAAAAAAUAAGGAAUUUCCCAAAAAUCAAACAAAAUUCCUCAAAUUUUCCAUAAUUCAUGAAAAAAUGCUCAAAAAUUGAAAAAAACAUCUAGAAAUUGUCAAAUUUGGAAAAAAACUGAAAUAUUCAAAAUAAUCAUCAAAGAAAUCUCAAAAUUUUCCAAAAAUUCGUUUUGGAAAUCACUUGAAUCUCGAGAAAAAUGUACGUUUUGUCCAAAAAUAUCCAAAAAGUGACGAAAUACUCGAAAAAAAUAAGGAAUUUCCCAAAAAUCAAACAAAAUUCCUCAAAUUUUCCAAAAUUCAUGAAAAAAUGCUCAAAAAUUGAAAAAAACAUCUAGAAAUUAUCAAAUUUGGAAAAAAACUGAAAUAUUCAAAAUAAUCAUCAAAGAAAUCUCAAAAUUUUCCAAAAAUUCGUUUUGGAAAUCACUUGAAUCUCGAGAAAAUGUACGUUUUAUCCAAAAAUAUCCAAAAAGUGACGAAAUACUCGAAAAAAAUAAGGAAUUUCCCAAAAAUCAAACAAAAUUCCUCAAAUUUUCCAUAAUUCAUGAAAAAAUGCUCAAAAAUUGAAAAAAACAUCUAGAAAUUGUCAAAUUUGGAAAAAAACUGAAAUAUUCAAAAUAAUCAUCAAAGAAAUCUCAAAAUUUUCCAAAAAUUCGUUUUGGAAAUCACUUGAAUCUCGAGAAAAAUGUACGUUUUGUCCAAAAAUAUCCAAAAAGUGACGAAAUACUCGAAAAAAAUAAGGAAUUUCCCAAAAAUCAAACAAAAUUCCUCAAAUUUUCCAAAAUUCAUGAAAAAAUGCUCAAAAAUUGAAAAAAACAUCUAGAAAUUAUCAAAUUUGGAAAAAAACUGAAAUAUUCAAAAUAAUCAUCAAAGAAAUCUCAAAAUUUUCCAAAAAUUCGUUUUGGAAAUCACUUGAAUCUCGAGAAAAUGUACGUUUUAUCCAAAAAUAUCCAAAAAGUGACGAAAUACUCGAAAAAAAUAAGGAAUUUCCCAAAAAUCAAACAAAAUUCCUCAAAUUUUCCAUAAUUCAUGAAAAAAUGCUCAAAAAUUGAAAAAAACAUCUAGAAAUUGUCAAAUUUGGAAAAAAACUGAAAUAUUCAAAAUAAUCAUCAAAGAAAUCUCAAAAUUUUCCAAAAAUUCGUUUUGGAAAUCACUUGAAUCUCGAGAAAAAUGUACGUUUUGUCCAAAAAUAUCCAAAAAGUGACGAAAUACUCGAAAAAAAUAAGGAAUUUCCCAAAAAUCAAACAAAAUUCCUCAAAUUUUCCAAAAUUCAUGAAAAAAUGCUCAAAAAUUGAAAAAAACAUCUAGAAAUUGUCAAAUUUGGAAAAAAACUGAAAUAUUCAAAAUAAUCAUCAAAGAAAUCUCAAAAUUUUCCAAAAAUUCGUUUUGGAAAUCACUUGAAUCUCGAGAAAAAUGUACGUUUUGUCCAAAAAUAUCCAAAAAGUGACGAAAUACUCGAAAAAAAUAAGGAAUUUCCCAAAAAUCAAACAAAAUUCCUCAAAUUUUCCAAAAUUCAUGAAAAAAUGCUCAAAAAUUGAAAAAAACAUCUAGAAAUUGUCAAAUUUGGAAAAAAACUGAAAUAUUCAAAAUAAUCAUCAAAGAAAUCUCAAAAUUUUCCAAAAAUUCGUUUUGGAAAUCACUUGAAUCUCGAGAAAAAUGUACGUUUUGUCCAAAAAUAUCCAAAAAGUGACGAAAUACUCGAAAAAAAUUAGGAAUUUCCCAAAAAUCAAACAAAAUUCCUCAAAUUUUCCAAAAUUCAUGAAAAAAAUGCUCAAAAAUUGAAAAAAACAUCUAGAAAUUGUCAAAUUUGGAAAAAAACUGAAAUAUUCAAAAUAAUCAUCAAAGAAAUGUCAAAAUUUUCCAAAAAUUCGUUUUGGAAAUCACUUGAAUCUCGAGAAAAAUGUACGUUUUGUCCAAAAAUAUCCAAAAAGUGACGAAAUACUCGAAAAAAAUUAGGAAUUUCCCAAAAAUCAAACAAAAUUCCUCAAAUUUUCCAAAAUUCAUGAAAAAAAUGCUCAAAAAUUGAAAAAAACAUCUAGAAAUUGUCAAAUUUGGAAAAAAACUGAAAUAUUCAAAAUAAUCAUCAAAGAAAUCUCAAAAUUUUCCAAAAAUUCGUUUUGGAAAUCACUUGAAUCUCGAGAAAAAUGUACGUUUUGUCCAAAAAUAUCCAAAAAGUGACGAAAUACUCGAAAAAAAUAAGGAAUUUCCCAAAAAUCAAACAAAAAGUCCUCAAAUUUUCAGAAAUUAAAAAAAAUGUGCAAAUAUUAAAUUGAAAUUCUCAAGAAAAUUGAGAAUUUUCUUGAGAAUUUUUGCAAAAAAAACCAAGAAAUUAAAUAUCUAUACAAAUUUUCCAAAAUGCUGGAAAAUUCCCAUAACAUCCCAGGGAGUCUCCAAAUUUGUCUAAAAAUCGCCAAAUUUUAAAAAAUUUUUAAAAUUUUCAAAAUAUAAAUGCCCCGAUGAAUUUUUCAAAAAAAAACCUCAAAAUUUCUUGGAAAGUCCCAUCAAAAACCGAACCAUUAGUUUAAUAAUAAACAUUUAACAAAAAAUUAACAAUUUACUCGUAAAUUUUGAGGUUAUGCGAAAAAAUGUUUUCCACGAAAUAUAAAAUCUAAAACUUCUUCGUUAGCCAUUUUCUCUUAGAAAGUUUCGUUGUAACGUAAAUUUCAAAAAAAAACUUUACUUCUCAACCCCCCAGCUUAUACUAUACAACAUUCCACCACAUUUUCUUUUUAUCUCCCUCAUUGUAUAAUGGAAGUCAAAUUCUGCAAAACAGCUGACAUCUUGUAAUAGAAAACAAAAGAAAUACUUUUCAUAUGUACUUUUUGUUUUCCCUGUAUUAUAAGGCUCGUAUUUUGUACACAGACUCGAUUUUUCGAUCGACCUUGUAUAAUUACAAACUAAUUUAACUAAAAUGAUGUAAUUUGUUUGUUCUAAUAUAAUUAAUUUGUUAAUAAUUUACUUUUUCGAAUAUUUUAUAAAAAUUAAAGACUGAUAUUUAUAAUACUCAUUGUAUGAUAAUAAAGUUUGGUGCACAAAA